UGGUGGUGUGCCAAGCCCACACAAGUUGCCCUAGCUUGAGCCGCCAAAAACGCAGUCCCCAGCAAACCCGCACAGCGCACUCGCCGGGAAACUCCACACACCAAUUCCAACAACCACACACCAAUAUCGACAAUUCCGCACGACCCCAACGACAAUCCGGCCCCGCCCUGCCCCCCGUCCCUCCCCGUGCGCACCGACUUGACAGUUUUACGACCUCCGAAAAGUCGCCGCCAUCAUGAAGUUGAAUAUCGUCUACCCCGCCAACGGCUCCCAGAAGCUCAUCGAGAUCGACGAUGAACGCCGCGUCCGUGUGUUCUACGAGAAGCGUAUGGGUCAGGAGGUUCCCGGCGACUCCGUCGGUGAUGAGUUCAAGGGCUACGUUUUCAAGAUCACCGGUGGAAACGACAAGCAGGGUUUCCCCAUGAAGCAGGGUGUCCUGCUGCCCACCCGUGUCAAGCUCCUGCUCUCCAAGGGUACCUCCUGCUACCGCCCUCGCCGCACCGGUGAGCGCAAGAGGAAGUCCGUCCGUGGAUGCAUCGUCGGUUCCGACUUGGCUGUCCUCUCCCUCGUCGUUGUCAAGCAGGGUGAGAACGACAUCGCCGGUCUUACCGACACCACCCACCCCAAGAGGCUCGGUCCCAAGAGGGCCACCAAGAUCCGCAAGUUCUUCGGACUCACCAAGGACGAUGAUGUUCGCAAGUACGUCAUCCGCCGUGAGGUUCAGCCCAAGGGUGAGGGCAAGAAGGCAUACACCAAGGCUGCCAAGAUCCAGAGACUGGUCACCCCCCAGCGUCUGCAGCACAAGCGCCACAGGGUUGCCCUGAAGAGGAGAAGGGCUGAGGCCGCCAAGGAUGCUGCCAACGAGUACACCCAGCUUCUUGCCAAGCGUGUCGCCGAGGAGAAGAGCAAGCGCACCGAAAUGAAGAAGCGUCGCGCUUCUUCGAUGAGGAAGGAGUAAAGGGUUGCUUUUGGGGCCGGAAUAGGUAGUUCAAAAGGCAUCAGUCACAUUUCUCGUUCUGUGUUUUUCCUGGGGGCGCAAUUUCGUAAAAAACUUCGUCCUUCCUGUGCACAUUACGGUAGUUGCUUAGAUGUGAUCUAUACUUGUGUGGUAGGCAUGCGGAGAAAGGCAAGCUUGUUGCGAUGGCUGCUUCGGUUCUGGGAAUGAAGACUUCGUAAUUCUUCAC